CAGCUAGCCGCUGAGUGGCUAACAAUUCAUUGGCAGCUAGGCCAGUUUCUAUAAAACCGUUUUCACUAACGGGCUAAGAGAGAUUCCCUGGUGUCCAGAUAAGUUUACAAUCUUGUUACUAUUUGGAUACGUGGUUCCCUUAUGCAACCAAGGUCUUGGGCAAGGCACCCGCCGGGUAGCUGUACCGCAAUUAAGACGCAACAUCUAAAAGUUCAGAAUGAGAGUCCUUUGCCUCCUUAUCUUUCUUUGCAGAGCUUCUCUUUAUCAGUCUGAUUUUAAACACCUGACCAUAAACUGCAUUGCUGAAAAUGAUGAACAUCUGGAAAACUGCAAUUUGACACCUCCUUGCAUACAGAAUUUCAGCUUAACAAACUGCAACACAUUACAAUUGCAAUGUACCGACUCUACAAAUAAUCAUGUGUGCAGCUCAUCUGAGGAAUGUAGACUGGCUAACAUUACCAAUUUUGUUGACACGCUGCUUGGUGCAAUAUACUGCACAUACAAACAAAAAACAAUUACAUGUUAUGGUUCUUUACUGUGUACACAAUUUCAAUACCUGUGUAAGGAAAAUGAAUGUGAAAUGAAGCACCUCACUGAAAAUAACAAAUACCGUUGCAAAUUCGAUCAUAGUGUCACUAAAUGUAUCAAGGAAAAUGAGAAUUUGCCCAUCAAAGGAGAACUAAAAUGCAAUGUGACACCUAAAGUGGUAGACACAACACAAAGUGGUUCAUCAGUAUGUGAGGGAUUCCAUACAAAUACUGAAGGAAAUAAUUGUGAUUCACAAAGGCCUUAUUUGAUAUUGUUUAUAUUCUUCGCAAUUCUCUCAGCUGGGCUAUUGGUCUACAUAGUUUGUAUUGGCAAAAGGAAGGGAUGUAAAACAUUGAACAUAUGUGAGAAUGAUCAAGGGCGCCAACACCCAGCAGAACCAAGAAACAUUUGGAAUGAGGAAGUUCCCCUUAGAGAAUAAAGAUUAUACAAUGGAAACAUUUCAUGCUGGAGUACAAACAGGCCCUUCUCAAAUGUAUGCUGUAGCAAUAAAAUUUGUUUUCAGAUUUGAGUGUUUUGUUAUCCUUAAAAUGUAAGCAUCCAGAAUAGGUCAGGUGAGCUCCAAUAGUAGCCACAUUCAAAUCCAGACUGAAAACACAUCUGUUUAUCUGUGCAUAUAGUCACUGAGCUCUGCAAUGCACUUACUGAUUGCACUGCAUUUCUGUUUUCUUUUGUAUCUAUUUUAAUAAUGUUGUACUUUUUAAAAUGUAUUUUAAAAGUAGUGGCUAAAGCACAGGGCUGUUAAUCAGAAGGUCGCAGGUUCUAACCCCACGGCCACCACCAUUGUGUCCUUGAGCAAGGCACUUAACUCCAGGUUGUUUUUACAGGGGAUUGUCCCUGUAAUAAUUGCACUGUAAGUCUCUUUGGAUAAAAGCGUCUUCCCAAAUGCAUAAAUGUAAAAUGUAUUUCAUUACAUUGUAUUCUUGUUCUUAAAUUUGUUUUCAAAUGUAUUUUAUCUUGUAUUUUCUUUUAUCAUUUUUAUGUAAUCCACUUUGCAUUGCCACUAUGUAUGAAAUGUGCUAUAUAAAAUCACUUGCCUAUAA